AUGUCCAUAGUCAAAAAACUGAUGAGGAUGUUAGACGAUGACUUGUUUCAACCACGAGACGUCAGUCAGGUUGCUUUGGUUCAACCAAAUUUAGACGUCUGGAAGAUGAUCUACAAAGCGUUUAUGACAACGUGUUGCGGGUCUAACUUAUUUUGGGCGGUUUUUCCGCUACUGGAUAAAUCUAGCGAAGGUAAUAGAUUGCCAUUUUUGGCUUGGUAUCCAUACAACACGAAAAUUUCUCCGAUGUAUGAAAUAACGUAUGCUCAUCAAGUCUUAAGCUACACUUGCACGUGCGUUACUCCUAUAAACGUUGACACGUUUAUAGCUGCCAUAAAUGUGUAUACUACUAGUCAGUUUGACAUUUUGUGUGAUAUCUUGAGGAAUCUUCACUUGAGUAAUAAUGUGGGGGCCAAAUGUGUUAGACACUACUGGAUCAUUUUAAAUUUCGCCUAUAACUCGAACAAAUUUUUUAACUGGAUUAUUCUUUUGCAAUUUUGUGUUAGCGCCACCAUUACAGCAAUGACACUGUUUCAACUAACCAUUGUUGAACCCUCACAACUGAAUUUUUUUCUUUCGUGUCUUAUGGAAUGGCAGCUGUGA